UGUUUUCCUUUUUCAUUCUAUUAUAGUCGGCUUGCUUAUUAUUCAAGACUCUCAAUUGAUAUUUAUUGGUGGGUGUAUAAUUUUAGCGGUGGUAGCCAUUUUAUUUCUUGAAUAUUCGUAAAAGUUUUUAUGAAAAUGUCAGGCGGUGGUCGCAAUGAUUGUAGAAUUUAUGUAGGAAAUCUUCCUCCAGAUAUUCGUACAAAAGAUAUUCAGGAUCUCUUUUAUAAAUUUGGUAAAGUCACUUUUGUCGAUUUGAAAAACAGACGCGGUCCCCCAUUUGCCUUUGUGGAGUUUGAAGAUGCAAGAGACGCUGAUGACGCAGUCCAUGCCAGAGACGGUUAUGAUUAUGAUGGCUACAGAUUGAGAGUUGAAUUUCCCAGAGGGGGCGGAGGCCAUGGUGGUUUUAGGGGCGGUGGCAGAGGAGGUGGCGAAAGGGGUAGAAGUUCAAGGGGGCCCCCGGCUCGCAGAUCUCAAUUUCGAGUUUUAGUUACAGGUUUGCCACCUUCUGGUUCAUGGCAAGAUCUAAAAGAUCAUAUGAGAGAAGCUGGAGAUGUAUGUUUUGCUGAUUCUUUUAAAGAUGGCUCCGGCGUCGUUGAGUUCUUGAGAUAUGAGGACAUGAAAUAUGCCAUAAAGAAAUUAGAUGACUCGAGAUUCAGAUCUCAUGAGGGAGAAGUUUCAUAUAUUCGUGUAAAAGAAGAUAAGGGAGGCAGUGAAAGACGAUCCGGCGGUAGAUCAAGAAGCAGAUCAUUCUCACCACGCCGUCGAGGUUCACCAACUUACAGUCCUGUGAAAAGGAGUUUUUCCAGAAGCAGAUCACGUUCAUAAUUUCCGUCUAUAUUCUAUUUGGACAGGAUAUUAUCGUUGGACGAUUUGGAAAUAAAGAAAGAUUAAAAUGACGUAUAUUCUAUUACACCUGUGGAAGAGGAGGGAAUGAUGUUGGAAGGAUUUUUGCUUAAGGAAAUCGAGGGAUUGUGGAAAUGAACAAGGGAUUUUCAAAUUUUAAUGUUUUUUGAAGGGAUCAAAUUCUUAACCUUGUUGGAUUUUCGUGGAACAAGUAUUUCAAAUGUUAAUUGCGAGACUUAUCAGGAUUCGAAAUCAUUAGGAAUCACGGGAUAUGGAUAUUUUCAAAGGAUUUUGAAACAUUUGCUGAACUCCACCAUCCAAAGCUACAGUGUCUAUUUCAUAGCGAUAUUUCAGUUGCUUCAUCAUUAUGGCUGGUUCAUUUCUAUAAAUUAUUAUGUUGAAGAUGCAACCAUAAAGAAAAAUUUUGCUUAUUAAAUUUCAUAAAGUUCAUAGUUUUUUCUGUGAAGAUGCGGAGAACUUGUAAUUACUACUACAAGAAUUUUCAAUUCGCUAUGACUUAGACCGGUACAUUUAUUUUUCACAAAUUGGAUGUAACAACAAUAUCUUGAGGGAUUUCUAAAACUUUUGGAGGAUUUUGCAUGAGUUGGAUAAUUGAAACUAAUGGAAACGGAAAGGAACAGCACAUUUUUCAAUAGGAUUUCCACUUUUUCAGAAUUGGAGGAAUAGUGGUAAAUAAAACCCUUUAUUUUUCCUCUUAUAAUAACUGCUCUUUAUGAUUUAUGCUUGACCGGAUACUAAUUUUUUGAAAUUAUUUCUGUUGUUUUCUUGGCAGUGCAUGUAAAACCGAAUCCUAACAUUUCACUUUAAAUUUGACACGGUGAAAACUCCAUCUUUAUUGGAUAAAAACAUAAAAAAACUUUUCCAAGAAGAUGUUUUGCGAGUCAAUAAUACCAAACUACAAUUUUGUUUCAUUUCAAAUAAUGAACAGCACCCCACCUCUAUAGAGGUACCUCGUAAUAGAUUGCUUGAUAUGUAUUUAAAUUAAUUUAAAAUUUCACAAACUACACCUUACGAUUUGAUCUCCACAAACUUUAUUCAAAAAAUUAUAAUUUUUUUAAAAUAAAGUUUGAAAUGGAGAUCAAAUCGUGAGGUGUAGUUUAUAAAAUUCCUAUGGAUCCUUAUCAAAUAACUGUCGAAUCAAUCAGAUAAUUGCAAAUUUUCUAUUCAACAGAUCACAGAAGUGGUUCCCAACUUUUUAGAUCUGUGGCCCCUAUUGCACAAAUCAUUUUUGCCCAUUUCCAUUGAGAACUAAUAUAAGACUCGUCUCAGAUAUAAACAUUAUCAAUUUCCUUUUCAAGAUAUGUCUAGAUUUUCUGAGAGUAUCUACCUAAAACCACACUAACAGAUGCUCUCUAUUCAUGCUAAUCCUUUGCACAAGAAUUUUUUGGCUCGGUUGUGUAGAGUAUGGUAUUUGAAAUUGGUACUGAUAAAAUUGCUCACUUUGAUAUUAAAUUCGGCUGGGGUUUCAGAAAUCCUGUUAAGAUACUUGAUCAAUUUGAUAUCUUGAAUAUGUCGUGUGGUGAGAAGUGUGCUGUAAGAAUGCCAAUCAAUAGUUUAAAUUCAUUUUGUUAGGGCAUUUUUGUCACCCAUAUCAAAUUGUUUUCAUACUUUACUGUUUUUUUUUUCAAUAUUCUCCCUAAUUUAAACAACUCAUCUUAUUCCAAGAAAUUUGAUAGCACCAGCAUGAACUUUGAAUUGAUGAUUGUACUUGCUUCUAGAUAAUAGUUGUUCAAUAGGAAAGUCAGAUAAUUUUUGUGGCAAAUAUACAGGACUUCCCAAAAAAAUCCCGCCUUAAAUAUUUCUGAAAUUGAAACUCUAUCAGCUUUUUAAAUGAUAAUAUACCCCAUAUCAUCUGAAAUGCCUGAUGAACACAAGGAAAUAAUGGUUGUCUACUUGACGAACAGUUUGAAAUGUGUACUAUUUACUUUUAUUCACAGAUACACAUAUCAUUAUGUUUUGGGUUGGUAUGAACUGAAAUCUUGAAAGGAUUUGGUGAGACAUUUCAAAUAAUUAUUACCAUUUCAAAAAUUUGAUUCAGCUGGGGAUGUGCAGGAAGAUGCUUUAGAUGACAAUUUGUCAAAAAAAAAUUGUAGAAAACCUCCAAGGAAUGUUCUGUCAUUUUUAUGUUUCCACCUGUUUCGAAAAUAUUCUAGAAAAAUAAUGUUGCUUUAUGAAAUAUUCAGGGCAUGAAGGUUUCGUUGGGAAGUCCUCUAGGUUAUAUUAAUGUGUCUGAAAAAUUGGCGAACAUGUUCAUGUCAUUAUUUCUGUGUGUAGUACUUGAAUAUUACCAUCCAAACUCAGAAGUGGCAUGAAAUAUGUAGAGACAUUGAUAAUCAUUAUUUCCAAAAAAGUUUUCCUACACUACAGUAAGGAGUUGUAGGUGAGACGUUCAAACGUUUCUUUUUGAAUUGAGGCACUCAUGAAUAAAUAUUGUUGCUAGCAACACGGUAUUAAUUAUCUUUAUUUGCAAUAUGGUAGGUCUCACAUAUUUUGGAGACAAAAGGAGGAUUGAAAAUUCCUUGGAGAAUGAUAGGAUAUAUCAAGUAGCUAUAGUUUAAUUGCUGUAAGGACCUCGAGGGAAUAUUGAAUAUACUUUCGUACCUUUCCUAGGAUUUUCAUAGGAUCUGUGGAAAGCAAAUACCCUUUUCAUCAAAAAGGACUGUUCUGGAUUUCAGGUAUUUUCAAUUUGGUUCAUUUGCCAUCAUUUUACAUUUUUGUCUGUUAUUUCAACAGUUGCAUGUUUUUCUUUCAAUAAACAAUCUAGUAAAAUA